AUCAGCUGAGCACGCCAUCUAUUUUAGUCACCAAACACCCUAAAGUUGCAUCCAUCUUGAAUGGUCUUUCUCAACGUGGAAUAGGUCAUGAUAAUAGAAGUAUUAUUUAAACAGUGAAAUUAUUACCUGCUUUUCGUUAUUUGACAUCUAUAGUACUUUAUAUAAACACCACAGUCGUGGGCAUCUUCGAUGCAGGCGCAGCAACAAGCCCAGCAUCAGCAGAUUACAGGAGCCAAUGUCAUUCUCAAAAUGAAUGAUAUUCAGCAGCUCUCUACUGUCGGGCUUUUGGAACUAGCUCAUCGUGAAUAUCAAGCAGGUGACUAUGAAAAUGCUGAGCGCCAUUGUAUGCAGUUAUGGCGCCAGGAAACAAAUAAUACUGGGGUUUUGCUACUGCUUUCUUCCAUACACUUCCAGUGCCGUCGACUUGAAAAGUCUGCACACUUCAGUACACUGGCCAUCAAGCAAAAUCCACUCUUAGCAGAAGCAUAUAGCAACCUUGGGAACGUUUACAAAGAACGAGGACAGUUGCAAGAAGCUUUGGAAAAUUACCGCCAUGCUGUACGUUUGAAACCAGAUUUCAUAGAUGGUUACAUCAACCUGGCUGCUGCAUUGGUGGCUGCUGGGGACAUGGAACAGGCGGUUCAGGCUUAUGUUACAGCUCUGCAGUACAACCCGGACCUGUACUGUGUGAGAAGUGAUUUGGGGAAUCUUCUCAAAGCACUGGGUCGACUUGAUGAGGCUAAGGCAUGCUAUUUGAAAGCCAUUGAAACUCGUCCUGACUUCGCUGUUGCGUGGAGCAACCUGGGUUGUGUCUUCAAUGCUCAAGGCGAGAUCUGGUUGGCCAUACAUCACUUUGAGAAAGCUGUCGCUCUAGAUCCUAACUUCCUGGAUGCAUACAUCAAUCUUGGCAAUGUACUGAAAGAAGCGCGGAUAUUUGAUCGAGCGGUAGCAGCCUACUUGCGGGCACUCAACUUGAGCCCCAACAAUGCAGUCGUACAUGGAAACCUGGCCUGUGUCUAUUAUGAACAAGGGCUUAUUGACCUGGCUAUUGACACAUAUCGCCGUGCCAUUGAACUGCAGCCCAACUUCCCAGAUGCAUAUUGCAAUUUGGCAAAUGCUCUCAAGGAAAAGGGUCAGGUGGUUGAGGCAGAGGAGUGCUACAACACUGCCCUGCGUCUCUGUCCUACACAUGCAGAUUCUCUCAACAAUUUGGCCAACAUUAAACGGGAGCAAGGCUACAUUGAAGAAGCAACUCGUCUCUAUCUCAAGGCCCUGGAGGUUUUUCCUGAGUUUGCAGCAGCACAUUCAAACCUGGCAUCUGUCCUGCAGCAGCAGGGCAAGCUCAAUGAAGCCCUUAUGCACUAUAAAGAAGCCAUUAGGCAACCAACAUUUGCAGAUGCUUACAGCAACAUGGGCAAUACACUUAAAGAAAUGCAGGAUGUCCAGGGAGCUCUCCAGUGCUACACUAGAGCCAUCCAAAUCAACCCAGCAUUUGCUGAUGCUCAUAGCAACUUGGCUUCAAUACACAAGGAUUCUGGAAAUAUCCCAGAAGCGAUCCAGUCAUACCGCACAGCACUCAAGCUCAAGCCAGACUUCCCAGAUGCAUACUGCAACUUGGCCCACUGCCUUCAGAUUGUAUGUGAUUGGACUGACUAUGAGGCACGAAUGAAGAAACUAGUCAGCAUUGUAGCUGAGCAGCUAGACAAAAAUCGCUUGCCUUCAGUGCAUCCACACCACUCAAUGCUGUACCCACUUUCCCAUGAAUUCAGAAAAGCCAUUGCUGCCAGACAUGCCAAUCUCUGUCUAGAAAAGAUUCAUGUUCUACACAAACCCCCAUACAAGUAUCCAAAAGACCUGGCUGGAAACCGCCUGCGUAUAGGCUAUGUGUCUUCAGACUUCGGAAACCAUCCAACAUCACACUUAAUGCAGUCAAUCCCAGGUCUGCAUGACAGUACCAAGGUAGAAGUUUUCUGCUAUGCAUUAAGUGCAGAUGAUGGGACCACAUUCCGAGCCAAGAUAGCCAGAGAGGCUGAACAUUUUGUAGAUCUAUCACAGAUUCCAUGCAAUGGCAAAGCAGCUGAUCGCAUAAAUGCUGAUGGAAUUCAUGUAUUGGUGAACAUGAAUGGCUAUACAAAGGGUGCCAGAAAUGAGAUCUUUGCGCUAAGACCUGCGCCAGUACAAGUUAUGUGGCUGGGUUAUCCUGGCACAAGUGGAGCCAGCUUCAUGGACUAUCUCAUCACUGAUGUGGUGACCUCACCCCUGGAGCUAGCUAGCCAGUACAGUGAGAAGCUUGCAUACAUGCCACACACUUACUUCACUGGUGACCAUAGACAGAUGUUUCCCCACCUUAAGGAGAGAGUCAUUCUUACAGACAAGUUUGGUGCCAAGAAGGAAGUUCCCGACAACGUGGCUGUGAUCAAUGCAACUGACCUUUCCCAAAUCAUGGAGCACACCCAAGUGAAAGAGAUCAGAGAGCUGGUUGCUCCUGACAACAAGCUCAGUACCCGACCUGUUGAGAUUUCUCUAAAAGUAGCAGAACUACCCACCACCACACCCAUAGAGACAAUGAUUGCAUCUGGACAAAUCCAAACUUCAGUGAAUGGUGUGGUGCUUCAGAAUGGACUAGCAACAAAUCAAACAAAUAACAAAGCUGCUACAGGUGAAGAGGUCCCACAGAGCAUUGUGAUCACAACUCGACAGCAGUAUGGCCUACCUGAUGAGGCUGUUGUCUAUUGUAAUUUUAAUCAACUAUAUAAGAUUGAUCCCCUCACAUUGCAGAUGUGGGUCCAUAUAUUGAAACAUGUUCCAAAAUCUGUGCUGUGGCUGCUGCGCUUCCCAGCAGUUGGAGAACCCAACUUGCAGGCAGCAGCCCAACAGCUUGGCCUGCCACCGGGAAGGAUCCUGUUCAGUAAUGUGGCGGCCAAAGAGGAACAUGUGAGACGAGGACAGUUGGCUGAUGUGUGUCUGGACACACCCCUGUGUAAUGGACAUACCACAAGCAUGGAUGUUCUGUGGACUGGCACACCUGUAGUUACUCUUCCAGGAGAAACGUUGGCAUCUCGUGUUGCUGCAUCUCAGUUGGCAACACUGGGUUGUCCUGAGCUGGUUGCUUGCACCCGCCAAGAAUACCAAGAUAUUGCUGUGCGCCUGGGCACUGACAGAGAGUACCUAAAGGCUGCACGUGGAAAAGUGUGGCGUGCACGGACAGACAGCCCCUUGUUUGACUGCUUGCAGUAUGCUCAGGGCAUGGAGAAGUUAUAUAAGCAGAUGUGGGAGCGACAUUCCCAUGGGGAGAAGCCGGACCAUAUUGUGGACAAGUAGGCUUUGAGGUACCAAGCAUGCUGUGUCUGGAAGUUCUCUUACCCCAUUUUUAAUGAAAGUUGAAUUUAUGUUAUUGGUAGGAUAGCUUAGACCUAGAGUACUGUUUUAGUAGAUGCAUAAUUGGAUGUUAAAUUUGUAGUUUUAUUUCAUGCUGUUCAUUUGAAAUGGAGUCUUUGCCAAACAAGUUUACCUGUUAUAUCUGUUUACCACAUUAAUGGCCAUCUACACUUAUCACAAUAUUAGCUUUUUAUUUACAGAUGUUUUCUGGUCUUGUAAGCCAUCAUCAUCAUGUAAUCCAUGAUCCCUCUUCAGUCAUUUAUAUAAAGUUUACACACAUACCUUAUGCAUUCAUAACACUUAAAAAAUUGUCAUAAGUGUAGAUGGUGAAUAAUGUGAUAACAUAGAUUAUACCAGACACCACAGAAAGUGUAUACAGUUAAGACAUGUUAUAUCCCAUUGUGUGCUUCCAGACACAAUACCCCAUGCAAGUAAAAUUACUUUGCCUUUCACUUAAAUAAUCUGUGUUGGAUUUUCUGUUACUGCUAAAUUAUUUUAGUUGGUAUGCUGUAUGUAAAUGUUUCCAGAAUUCAAAAUUAAAAGCAAAGCAGAUCUCUAUUGGACUAAACAGGAAUCAUACAUGCACCUUCCACAGAAAUGAAAUGUGAAUGGUUUUUUAAUUUUGUUUUAAUUAUUUUGGAAAAGUAAAGAUCAGUUUUCCGUUUCUUGAAUUGGCCUUAUUUUGAGCAUUGUGUAUGAUUGCCACUGACUUAAAUAUCGUCUGUCAAGAGUUCAUAGAGACGUGUAGUAUUGAAACUUGUGACUUGAAAAUAGUUUGACCUGUGACACAAUAUGCAUCAUUCAAGGUUCUAAAAUGUGUUGACAAACCACCGACAUCUGGAAACUGUGGAACAGUUUUCUUCCAUUAUCGAUCCUGAUAGUAUUAGUGUUUGAGAGGAACAGAAAUGUGUGUGCUGUAUAGUUUGGAAUAAUGUAUGUGACUGAUCAGUUUUUCUUUCUUUUUUUUCCCCCUCUUGUUUUUAUCAUGCUACUUUGUAUCUGUUAGUUGGUUUACAAAUGAGACUCAUUCUUGGUGUAAGAUGGUUAUAAUAAGCAGACAAGAAUUAAAUACAUUUAUCCUAUAUUACUAUUCCAUAUGGGAUGUGAGGAGCAAGAAAGUAGUUUCGGACCACAUUUGAAGCAAGAUCUUUGACAUUAGUAUGAUAAUUAGAAGCAUUUCAUUGUAAUUUCAUUUCUGAGACACAAAGAAUUAAACAUUUCCUCUGCAAGUUG